AUGCAUGUAUGGCCUAUUAGCUCACCUCAGUCUUUCACCAUCCCAAAAAGAACUCUACCCUUAGAUAAUUCUACCACUGACGGUACAGAUACUACAUGUGAACCUGAAUUGCAAAGACCAAACCCUAAAGAUGAACAAGUAAUUAAAACAGCCAACGAACUUAUUUUACAAUCUGUGUCAGUAUCAGAAACUAAUUCCUUAAUACUUUUAACAUCUACUAGAGUCUUACUUUAUAAUUUUAAACCACUAGCACCAACGUCAACACAUGAGCGUUCCUUGAAAUCAAUUGAAAAUUUUGGGGCUAACAAGUUUAUAAUUUAUAAUAGUGAUAAUGAAACCAUCAAGGGGAUAACUGCUAAUUUAAAUGACACCGAUGGUGAUGGAUCGAUCAUGGCAAUCAAUAAUAAUAAUAAUAAUAAUAAUAAUGGCAACAAUGCUCACAGAAGGGUUUAUUUCUAUGUUGUUACAGAUAAAAAUUAUAUUUUAGUGUAUCAAAUAGCCACAAGAAAUGAUGCAGCUGUGGCUUAUAAAGAAUAUGGCAUGUUACCUAAACACAAAAUAUUGAUGCCACAAACGUUACAAUCUAAAGCUAAAGAUUAUUACAACUAUUUCAAUGAUACAAAUGUCGAUGAAGUAAUUGCAAAUGACAUUGAUGAUGAAGUGUUGACUGUUUUUUCACAACAAAAUAACAAAAAAGUCAUUCAAAAUGGGUACUCUAUAAAUAGACAGCGAAACAUUUUCCAAAUGCUAAUUAAUUCAAGAGAUGAAAUCUCGGAUGAAAUGCCAAUUAAAGCUUCUGAAUUGAGAUUGAAAUGUGUAUUGAAAUUUGAUCACGAAAUUUUACAAGGUAUGGUUUUCCGAGGAAGUCCCAAUUUUUUACGCAAAGAUAAACAUACACGCAAUAACAUGAAUAGUAGCAGGGUAAGUGACACCUUUGGUGACAAACGUAUUGAUCAUCUAUUUAUAUUAUUUAGCCAUGAAGUACAUUUGUUAACUUUGGAAAACUUUAAAUUGAAAUCUAACGAAUCAAUUAAAAUUCGCAAUGGUAUUAAAUUAAUUACCAAUAAUGGUUACUUGUUUGUUUUGUCGAGAGAUAAAGUCAACAAUAAUGGGGGAAAUAGUAAUAAUGAUAAUUAUAAGCUUUUUCUAAGUAUGAUCAACACUAUCAACAAAACUGUCUAUACAAAUGAAUUAAAUAUCCAAACAACAAGUACUGAACAAUUUAUCAAUGCUUAUUCCUUUGGUAACGAUUUGUUUAAUAUACUUUUGAGCAAAGAAAUGAUUUUAUAUGAUGUCAGAAAAAAGGAAAUUGUAAAACGUGUAAAAUUUAAUUCAAAAAUUACGAGAGGUGGCAAGUUGACCGAUGAUGUGGCCUUGUUGACAACCGAGUAUAGUGGGAUUCAGUUAGUGUCAAAGUAUGGUAACAUAUUGUUCACUUUUGAAAACGAAAUUGAAAAACAAGGACUGCUUACUUCUUUUUCAUACAUGGACCAAACAAUAAUAACCACUUUUUCUAAUAACAUUAAUGGUACUAUGGAGGGUACUUUCCAAGUAUGGAACUGUUGGCAGGAAAUCUCCGCUAAGCAAAUAUCUAAUUUGAAAGUAUCAGGCCCAUAUGUUUUGAAUGACAAUAAAACAAACAGUCUUUUAAUUUUUCAGUCAACGUCGAUAGGUACUUAUUCAUCCAUGUUCACUGCAAGUAUACAGUCCAACGGUACCAGCGGCAACGGUAGUUAUAACAAGCAAGGUGGUGGUGGUGGUGGCCACAAUAAUAGCAAUAAUAACAGUAAUAGAUUAGUACUCAGGUUACCCACAAAAUCCAUUAAUAAUUAUGUUUCAUUGACUAAACUAAAUGGGUCUCUAACUAAGUUAGCGUGUUUUGUAGCAAAUAAGGAUAUUUUACUAAUCUGUGAUUUCAAGAUACUUGAAGACCAUUCUGGUGGUAAUAGAAAUUGGCAAAACUUUCAAUUUUCUGGAAUAUUGGAUAUGGAAUGGAUUGGCGACAAAUAUUUGCUAAUAGCAUAUACUGAAGAUUAUGUUACUGUACUUAAAUGUUAUGAUAUUGAAGAAAUUCUACGGGUUAAUAACGGUGACAUGGAAACAGGUAGAACAUGGUCAUAUGUUAUUAAGUCUGACGAAUUUUUAGCAUCUAUGUCUGUGAAUACAUUGAAUGAUUGUACUGUGGUUAGGAAAAAGAAAACAAGUGAAAUAUUAUACAAGACUGCUGAAAUUUGUUUAUGUCUAGGUUCUAUAUCCGUCAAAAACACCAGAAGAAUUGAGCAAUUUGAUGUAUUAUCUGAUCUCCAUUUGUUCAAUGUUAACACCAUAGUAAAUCAUAGAACAGCUGCGCCAAUUAAUAUUAAUAAAGAUGUAUUUUUCAAAUACUUUAGAUGGAUCUACAGACACAAGAAAAACCAAUUUGUAAUAUAUAAUGAAUAUGACGAAUUAUUGCGGUUAGAUUAUAACGAAAAUACUGGUUGGGAAUUCAAGAUUUUAUAUUCAAAUGUGGAAAGAAUAGUGGAUUUUAUCGAUGGUAAACUUUGCCUAAUAAAGGGAAAUGAAUUAAUAAUCACAAAUCUGAGCGCAAUUAUUGAUAGUUCUGUGUCGGAAAUCCCGCUAUUGGUAAAACACAAUAUAUACGAAGAAGAGUAUCCUAUACUUUUAAAUAAAGAGUGUACCAUUUUUCAGAGUCUACAAUGUGCUAUAGGCAAAUAUCAUAGUGGAUUAUCUUUACAUGAUGGUAUUGUACUAGAUGGAAUAAUUGAAAGUAUAUUAGAAUACUUGUCCUCGUCUGUCAACGAUGAGCAACUUGUCACUAACUAUUUGGAGAGUGUAACUCGGAAGUAUAGCUAUUCCAAGCACUACUUAUUUGCGUUGGAGAAAGUUUUGUCGUUUAAAAUAUUGAAUAAACAAGAUUUAAGCAUGAUUAUGAGAUUGAUUAACCUAUAUGAUGAAGCAAAUACUGGUCUAAUAACAGUGGCACAUAGAAGACUAGAAAUUAUAAGUAAUUGUUUAAGAAAAAUUGAAAUUAGGUAUUGGAAAUAUUUUUUUGAAAGCACAAAGAUUACCCCAAAAACGUUAAUUUCAGAUUGUAUUAAACUGAACAAUGCAAAAACUUUGGGUGUUUUAUUGAUGGUGUUUUUGAACUACAAUGAAGACAACAAUGCUGACUCAGCUUCCAGCGUUUUCGUUGAUAACAAGGAUGUCAAAAACAGUGGGUCUUUAAGAAUAUAUGAUGAAGAGGAGGAAGAUGACAAAAAUACUGCAAGUGCUGGUAUAUUGUUAAAAGAUCAAACUUUAGUUAAACAAGUUUUAAAGAUACUAGUCAAUGCAGCGGUAUCUACGGCAGCAAGUGUUGCAGCAAAUUGUGGUGGUGAAGACGUCGGUACUGAGUUUGAAGAUGAAGAUGAAUCACUAGAAUAUUGGAAUCUAUCCUUUCAAUUAAUUAGAUUUUUGAAAACGUUUGAUAAGGAGAAUGGUACUAAGAUUGCAACAAAUGUUUUGGAUUAUGUAUGA